AUGACACACUUCAUGGCUGCCCGCCCCGCCCCUCUCGCCUCACGUAACAGAAAAGGCGGGAAACCCCGCUCAGAAGAAAAAGACCCGGAUGUAACCGCCGGAGAAACGCGUUUCGCGCUUUCUUGGACUUAUGGCGGAGCCGUAGCGGAGGGGAAGUACAGGCGGCCUGACUUCCGGGAGAAGCCGCCUAACUUCCGGGAAAGAGCGCUUGACUUCCGGGAGUGGCUUCAUCGGGCGGUGCGCUGCCGAGCAGGUUGCUUUCCUUGGUUUAACAUUGAUCACGCCUCGCCCUGUUUCCCAUUCCCCUGUCUGCAAUCAACUCCUCCACCCGCUCAGGCCGGGCACAGAUUGGUGUUAGUGUUAGGAGAUCUUCACAUUCCACAUCGAUGCAACAGCCUCCCAGCCAAGUUCAAAAAGCUGCUGGUUCCAGGGAAGAUCCAGCACAUCCUCUGCACGGGAAACCUCUGCACCAAGGACACUUAUGACUACCUCAAGACCCUGGCUGGGGACGUUCACGUUGUCAGAGGGGACUUUGAUGAGAACCUGAAUUAUCCUGAACAGAAAGUUGUAACUGUUGGACAGUUCAAAAUUGGUCUGAUUCACGGCCACCAGGUUAUUCCUUGGGGUGAUAUGGCCAGCCUGGCACUGUUACAGAGGCAGUUCGAUGUGGACAUCCUCAUUUCAGGACAUACACACAAAUUUGAGGCGUUUGAACAUGAAAACAAGUUCUAUAUCAAUCCAGGAUCAGCUACAGGAGCUUAUCAUGCCUUGGAGAACAACAUCAUCCCGUCAUUCGUGCUGAUGGACAUCCAGGCUUCUACAGUAGUGACGUACGUCUAUCAGCUAAUUGGAGAUGAUGUGAAAGUAGAAAGAAUUGAGUACAAAAAAUCUUAGAAGAUAUUUGCUUGUGUGGUAUUUUUACUGUCUCAUUCCAGAACUGCAUGUUACUGCAAUCCUUCCUUACUAGUUUACAGAACUACACUUAAUGUUUAACAGCUUAGCAGUGUAACUUCUUGGUAAUAACUUUAAAACAUCGUUUUCUUCUUUUCUAUGUAUGAAUUGAUUUGUAAAAUAUAUUGAAGUGCUGUUCUUUCACGUUGUCAUAAAUUUCACUUCAUAGAAAAACAAGCCUUUAUGAACUGUUGAAGAAAAUGCAACAGUUGCACUUGGUUUUGAGAUGUCUGCCAGUACUUUCAUUUGGUAAUGCUUAUCAGAUGUCACCAGAACAGUGCAUGGAGCUUUCAAAAAGAAGACUGUAAAAGGCUCGAAUAAAAAUAGCAAGGCCCCUGG